AUGCGCCGGCUACGGGACAUGAUACCUCCCACUCUCGAGGCUAUAACGCCGAUCGCAAGCGCAGGUGUGGAUGCAGCAGGCAGGCUAAACCCGGUCAUGAUCGAGGCCCUCAAGACUCGCGGCUAUCCCACGGACCAUGCACGCUCCAAGGGAAUUGCAGAUGAGGCGAUUGGGGGCCUGGAAAACAAUUGGGACCUGAUCGUGAUGAUGGGCUGUCUGCCAAACCUACCCAAGGUGGACCUCCCUGCAAGCACCACUGUGGAGGAUUGGGGCCUACCUGACCCAGCAGCACACCCUGAGCUGAUGGAUUCUGUGAUUGAAAAGAUUGUAGAGAAGGUGAAAGCUAUAUAA